AAUCACGGGACGCUUUUCCUCUUUCAUAGUCAUACCUAUCUUGUCUCUUCCUCCACCAUUGAUCCUUAAAAUCCAACUGUAUAUACACUUCUCAGAUAUCAGAUAGAAGUAGAGAGAAGAAGGAAACAGAUCGAUCAGAAGCUGAGAAUUAGAAAAAAUGUCGGAUUGGGGACCGGUGUUCGUGGCGGUGGUGCUGUUCAUACUGCUAACGCCAGGACUGUUGAUUCAGAUUCCCGGUCGCAGUAAGAUGGUGGAAUUCGGCAACUUCCAGACGAGUGGCGUUUCUAUUCUGGUUCAUUCCGUCAUCUAUUUUGCUCUCAUCUGCAUCUUCUUGUUAGCUAUCGGGAUCCAUAUUUGCAGUAGCUUCUGUGAAGAAAUGGCGGAUUGGGGACCAAUACUCAUCGGAGUAGUACUGUUUGUGCUGUUGCAACCGGGACUUCUUUUUCAGUUACCGGGAAACAGCAAGCAAUUGGAGUUCGGGAGCAUGAAGACUAACGGUAAGGCUAUUGCUGUUCACACUCUCAUCUUCUUCGCCAUCUACGCCAUUCUCAUCCUCGCCGUCCACAUCCAUAUCUAUACCGGCUGAUCUCAGAUCCCAACCCCUAAUGGUGCACAUCUCUCCACCGAGUAUCAGGUUCUGAUCAAUCAUUAGCGGAUGGUGUCGUGUGCUAAUCUUUCUAUCGUUUUUUUCAAUCAAUCCAUUUAUGUUUUUGGUAAUUUGAUUUCAGUAUAGCUGUGUAAACCUUUUUGUUUGUGUGCUCCGAGUGGUUCUGUUCAUGUCC